AUGGUUGCCAGGCGACCUGCUCUGACUAUUCCCAAUAGCUUCUUGGUACCUGCUUAUGCGUAUCCUCACAAGACCAACUGUUUGACCCCUCGCAUUUUCAUCCCUUUGUGCUUCUGCUUGUUACUUUCCUGCCUCGACCGAACUUGGGAUCUGACUACAAGGCGCAUCAUCGAGCAGCGAUCAGUGCUGAUACUACACAUCAAGGUCAUGGAUACCUUUGCUAAAACCAUACCAAGCGGGAAAAGACAGGUCAAAGCAAGCGAAAGUCACAAUGAUGCGGGCAAAAGGUACAUGGUGAUGCAUACUCCAUUUGCGGACAUGGCGGGUACCACGAGUCGGGCGAGAAGCCCUGUUGGUGUAAACGGGGACAGUCGACAGCGCCUAGUCGCAGAGAGAGAGAGACCAGGCAGGGCAGGCAAGCAAAAGCGCCCGGUGAUGGCGGCUUUGCCGAGCAUGUCUGGUCGCGCCGGACCAAAACAAUGUGCAAAGACACGCCGUGGUCAUGUAGUCCUCCUGGCACCUGAUACUGUGCUGUACCUCGACGCCGAGCCGACUCUGGGCUCACGCCAGAGCUCAGAACAGGGAGCUGAGCGGUCCCCCGCCCAAGCCAAAUCUCUCUGUUCCUCUCCACUCGCUCUUCUUGCUUGUUUUCCUGCCACCUGGUUUUCACGUUAUUUAUGCUUUUGA